UUCCCAAGAAGUCGGCCUUCACCCACAGCACAGAGAAGAACCCGUCUUCUUCGUUUCCAUUGAACACCACAGACAGACACAGUAAUUUUCUUCUUCUUCCACUUCCCGCCCUCGCCUUUCGGCUCCAACUUGGCCUCACAAGAACCCCCAAACCAAUUAUUUCAACAUCCCCUUUUCAGAUUCACCCUCUUGCCCUCUUUCGGCUGCUGCAUUUCUCAUAUAUUCCCUCUUUCAUUUCACUAUUUCCUUGGUGGGUUUCCAUCUCUGUGCUCUGCGAGGGGAUUCUUUUCGAUUCUGAAAAGUGGGUCGGUCUCUCUCUUUCUCCUUUUGUUAAGAUUCUCAACCCAUUUGUGAAAGAAAGGAGAUUCUUGAUUCCCUCGUAACGAUUCCGAUUUAAACGCCCCCUUUUGAACAAAACAAAAGAAAACCCACCCAAAAAGCCCCAUUGUCUCUCGUCUCGCCCUUUGGCCUCCGUCUCCUUUCUUUUGACUUCAAAAUCGAAACCCCCUUUUCGAAAUGGACUUAUAAAUGAGCUCCCGAUCCACACCCUUCACUAAUUAGCUUCUUACAGCAAUGGAAACUCUGUACCCAUCCUCUCAUCUGUCGAGCUCUGCCUGGUUCGUGCUCGAUAAUCCAUCCACGAAAUGGACUAAGGAAGAGAACAAGAGGUUCGAGAGCGCCCUCGCUAUAUAUGAUAAGGAAACCCCUGACCGAUGGCUCAAAGUGGCCGCCAUGAUUCCUGGAAAAUCUGUGGGAGAUGUGAUUAAGCAAUACAGGGAGCUGGAAGAAGAUGUCUCCGAAAUAGAAGCUGGGAGAUUCCCAAUCGCAGGUUAUGAUUUCGCCUCUUCUUUCUCAUUUGAGUUCGUUGAUGAUCGGAACUUCGAUUCGUGUAGAAGGAAGUCCUCUGUUGGUAGGGGCUCUGAUCAAGAAAGGAAGAAAGGGGUUCCAUGGACUGAGGAAGAACACAAGCAAUUUCUGAGGGGACUUAUGAAAUAUGGAAAAGGGGAUUGGAGAAACAUCUCAAGAAACUUUGUAAACUCCAAAACUCCUACUCAAGUGGCAAGCCAUGCCCAAAAGUACUUCAUGAGGCAGCUCUCAGGAGGGAAGGAUAAGAGAAGGCCAAGCAUCCAUGACAUCACAACUGUGAAUCUUACUGAGUCCGCCAUAGUUUUAGAUCAGCCUUCCAAGCAACUCCCUUCACUGCAGAAGUCCCACUGCUAUCAAAAGCUGUUGCUUGAUUGGAACCGAUCGAGUGAUGGGGGGCUGCUCGGUUUAGGACCGAACUAUGGCGAUCGUCUUGUGUCGUUCCCAUCUGGGAUUGCUGCAAAUGGAACAAAAACCGAGCAAGAUCGAGAGCUGAAUGACGUGUAUUAUGGAGCUUACUCCAAACCUCACAAGUCCAUGUUUCAAUUUGAAUCCUCUAGACAUCAAAUUUAUGGAUGAGGCGGAUGGAUGUUCGUGUUAACGUUCGGUCGAUAAAAGAAAACGCCAAGUCCAAUAAGGUUUUCAUUUAGACUCUUAAAUGUCAAUACUUUUUUCUCCUCUUCAAUCUGUGAUGUUGUGUUUAUGAAGAUCAAAGAGUGCAUAAAUCUGUCCUUGAUCAUCAACAACAUGUGUGCCAUUGUGAAAUGGAAAGACUUGAAUUUUGUCCUUA